AUGCCCGUUACUGAUGGAUGCCUACACGAGACAGAUAUUUUCCUCUCUCCUCUUAAGCCACCGACGAAAUCUAGCGUCUCUGCUGAGGCUAUCAAUGCGUCUCUAUACUAUCUCCAUGUCGCGACGCCCGACGACGAUACGCUGCUGCAGGAAGUCGAGCAGGAGCGGGAGGAGGCGGCUCAGCGCCGGAGGGAGGCCUUGGAGGUGUCCGGCGCAGACGCAGAUGAUCCUACACAGCGCGAAUUCCUUCGUAUGAACAAUGUUCGAAGGAAACCAGUGGGCGGCAAGGAUCUAGAACCGGACGAUGAGGGGCCGACGCAGCAGAACUACGCGCCUCAAGCUCCAGCAGAACUUCCAGCAGCACCGCCACCCUUGCCGCGCCGACCUGUUCCCACGCCUCAACUUUCGACGGAAAAUAUGUCUUUCGCUGGGACGCCUGUGGCCAAUGCGCAGCAACAUCCUGGAAGUCGACCUAUACCGGCAUUGCCGAGUCCGACAACCCCAAACACUCUCCAGCGGAGGCCUCUGCCACCCGUGCCACCCACUGAAGAGCCGUGGAAUGAGCACCCAGCAGGCGGAGACGAGCCUCGAAAGACAAAUCGGUGGACCACUUUUACCGGAAACCGUGGACUAGAAGCUUGGAAGGAGGGAUAUGAAGCUCCAUCCGCAGGCCGACAUAGUCUUGAUGCCAACAGGCCGCCGUUGCCGCCACGCCCAACGUCACAGGACCGUCCAGGUUCGGCAAAUAGAAGUCCAGGUGGCUCUCCUCAUCGGCAGCGAAGAGGCCCAUCAGUCCCUGCAAACAACUCAGGCUUCACUAUUACACUUAUCCGACGUGAUCCCUCAUCGGGGACGCAAUGGAAUGUUGCAACGAUUACGGCGCCACGACUGGACCGCAAUAAUAUUGAUAUUGAGAUAGCUACACCGGGAUAUAACCGAUUUACCGGGUCCAAUGAGCCGCUCUCACUCGCAAGCCUGGCUGCCAAUCUGCCUCCAGGCUUGAUCCGCACCGCCGAAACUGCCAUGCCACAGCCCCUCCCAGUCGAGCAACCAAGUGAGAAGCCAUUGGGUCCACGCAAAUUCCACCGCCGAGUCUGCGUCUCCAAACCAUUCGACGACUCAACCGGCACCCGCAACCCCUCCGACCUCAAGAGCGGCUACUACGUCUUCAACUCACCCUGGAACGGCACCUGCACAUUCUCCAGCAGCGUCAAUGGCCGCAGUCUGAAAUGUAAACACAUGAUCUCCGGUCCAGGUCAUGUCCCAGUAGGCGAAGGCGAGAACUCCAAUCCCGCUGUGACGGUGGCCGAAAUCCGCUUCAACACUCCAUUUCAAGCCGCCAAUCUACACUACCAUACCUCAAAUCGGACACACGGACACUCCUUCGCCCAAAACCCAACUCACAAUCUCCCCCCAUCUCCAGACUCACCAACGCAUCCGAACCUGGCUGCUUCGAAACGCAAUUCCUUCUCAAACCUCUUAAACCCAAAUACCUACUCUCGACCACGUGCACACUCGGGUCCUAAUGCGCCUAUCCCGGAACACUCGCGUCAACCCAUGAGUCCGGCGCAUAUCCUGCGGCGGACAUCUCUCCGAGCCCAGCGCUUCGCGCGCCAGAAUCAAUUCCAGCAUCACCGGCGCAGCACGAGUACGAGUAGUGGUGGGGCAGAUUCAGACGAAGAUAGACUUGAUCUAUCACUUGCGCGAGAGCUAGCAGGCGGUGGAAUGCGCGGGAAGAGCGCGAAGCUGGGAAAGUUGAUUAUCGAAGACGAGGGGAUCAAAAUGUUGGAUCUUGUAGUCGCGGCUUGUAUGGCUGUUUGGUGGCGUGGGUACUACCACUGA